AUGCCUCUAAAUGAUGAGCGGCCCACAUCCACGUCUAGCGGGGAGGACCAAAGCAGUGAUGUGGAGUCAUCUUCUGAGUGCUGUGACAGCACGAGGUCAGCCGGUGACCUGGACGGUUUGCGUGACAGCUUCAAUAGCGACUGCUCCAGCAAGCACUGCAGCCCCUCUUCAAGCCCGCCAAAAAUCUUAACUCUAGAUGAGGUCAUGGAGGCUGGAAGAGAGCUGUUCAAUCUCAAAAUUGCACAUGAGAUCGUCAUGAACAGCCAAAUCCUUAAGGACUUGAAAAGCAGACCACAAGACAGUUUAUGGAAUGGAGUGAGAAACAAUCUCCACAAGGCCUUUUGGGACAUCCUUGAGGCUGAACUGAAUGAUGACCCACCUGAGUAUCGAUAUGCAAUCAAAUUACUGGAGGAGAUCAGAGAGAUUUUGCUGUCAUUCCUUAACCCGGGUGCCAACCGGAUGCGGACCCAGAUCAUGGAGGUGCUGGAUAUGGACCUCAUCCGUCAGCAGGCUGACAAUGACGCUGUGGACAUCCAGGGGCUUGUCUUAUACAUCGUCAACACUAUGGGCAAGAUGUGUGCUCCAAUGAGGGACGAGGAAAUCAAGAAGCUGCGGGAAAGCACCGACAGCAUCGUGACAGUCUUAAAGGAGAUAUUCCGUGUGCUGGACCUAAUGAAGGCGGACCUUGUCGCCCAUAACAUUGAUAUCCUGAAGCCUGUCCUGCAGAAGAACUGUGUUGAAUAUGAGAGGGAAACAUUUCAGAGCAUUUUGGACAAAACUCCCACUGGUUUAAACCACACCACCUCCUGGAUCCAGUCUGUGCUGGAGGAGCUGCUGUCAGCCACCGGCCCCUCAGACAAAACCAUUGACGGCAGGGAUGGACAGCGAGCCAUGCCUGGUCCUUUCAAGCUCCUCAACACUGCCUAUCUCCACAUUCUCACAUGGGACUACUCAAAGAACCCAAUACCCGAGACAUGGGUGACGGAUGAGGCCCGUUUGCAGGAGGUUCAGUGGCAGCUAAAGCAGUGUCAGGCUGUGAACCAGGUGCUGCUCAUUGUGCACAGCACCGUUGGAGAGCCUGUCCAGGGUUUUCCUUCCCUCUCCGAGCGCCUGAAAACGAUGAUCAGCGUGCUGUUGGAUGGGAUCCAUAGACCGGACUUUAACCAAGAAGAGUCACUAGAGGGCAUCAGUGCUCAGAUCUGCUGUGAGCUCAACAAGUCUUUGACAGAGAGAGACUAUCCUGCACUGACCCCAGAGCUGCAGGCCACGCUUAAGGGACAGAUCUGUAGUAUCACUCAGAAGGACAAUCCCAUUCGCAUGCUAGUUGAGGAUCGCGUUCAACAGUAUUUUAUGGCUCUCAUCUCUGACCCCAAACCCCAACUUAAACUUGAACAGAUCCCAGCUGGAUUGACUGCUAUUAAGCCUGAACUCACACUGAUUGCCAAAAAGUUCAUCUCCCUGAUCACCUACAACAGGACCGUCUAUGGACCGUUCUAUGUGGACAUCAUCAAGAAGCUGUUAUUCAAUAGCAACCCACCAGUUGCUGGCGUUCCUCAGGAGAAGAGUCAAGCAUCAGUAUCCCAUGAAUAA